GAUAAUAAUUCACUUAAAAAUAAAUUGUAAAGGAAUGAAAAUAUUUAUCUGAAACUAGUUUUAAAUAAGAGUCAUGACUGACCAAAACUCUAGAAAGGCGGUGAAAAUUGUAGUUUUAGGAGAUAUCGGUAGGAGUCCGCGGAUGCAAUAUCAUGCGCUAUCGCUCGCCGGCUGUGGAUUUGAUGUCAAUAUAAUCGGUUACGUUGAGACUAAACCUCUUUUAAGUAUACAAGAACAUCCUCAAAUAACUGUUACUAAGUUAUACCCCUUAAAAAUAGAAUGGGCUCCAAAAUUGGUGCAGUACUUCGCAAAAACGCUGUGGCAGACGAUAAGCUUAAUCUUAACGUUAUUUAUUACUGGAAAGUGUAGUUAUUUACUUUGUCAAAAUCCACCAGCUAUACCCACAUUACCUGUGUGUAGAUUUUACUGUUUGGUCACUCGUACAAAAUUUAUAAUAGACUGGCAUAACUAUGCGUAUUCUAUAAUGGCUCUUUCGCUUAGUUCUAACCAUCCACUAUUGAAAGUAGCAACUUGUAUAGAAAAGUUUUUCGGACAGUCAUCAAAUAGUAAUCUGUGUGUAACAUAUGCAAUGAAACAAGAUUUAUUAGAUAACUGGGAUAUAAUAGCUACAGUUCUCUACGAUAGACCACCUAAAAUAUUUCACGCAAUAACGCUAGAAGAAAAACAUGAAUGGUUCCUUAAAAUAGGUUCCCAGUAUCAAGAAUUUAGACAUUCAAGUAAGGAUAGUAAACUUGAAACCACUACAACACAAACUGCUUUUACUAAAGUUGAGGGGAGUAUUGUAAAAACAAUCAGUAAUAGACCCGGGCUUUUAUUUAGCAGUACAAGCUGGACACCUGAUGAGGAUUUUAGUAUUUUAAUGGAAGCAUUACAAGUUUAUGAAACAACAUAUGCCUUAGCUAAAAAUUUGCCAAAAUUAAUUUGUGUUAUCACUGGAAAAGGACCCAUGAAAGACUAUUACAAGGAAAAAAUAGCUUCUCGUAAUUGGCAGCAUGUGAGAGUGGUGAUGCCCUGGCUUGAAGCUUGUGAUUACCCAACUAUGGUAGCCAGUGCUGAUCUCGGAGUCUGUCUCCACACGAGUUCCUCUGGUUUAGAUCUACCAAUGAAAGUUGUUGAUAUGUUUGGAGCUGGCUUACCUGUUUGUGCCUAUGAUUUUAAGUGUCUAAAUGAGUUAGUGCAGAACGGUGAAAAUGGAUACACAUUCUCAAAUGGUGAUGAACUGUCAAAACAAAUAGUUUCAUGGUUUCAAGACUUUCCUAAUAACGAUAAACAAAAUAAAAUCGCCGAGACAAUGAGAAGGAACCUAAUGAAGUUCCAGGAAUCAAGAUGGGAAGACAAUUGGAAUUUACGAGUUAAAAAAUUAUUUGAUAGCUAAUAAUCUAUACUUAUUUUUAUAAUAUGGACCAAUUAUAAUUAUGUACUGUU